CAGNUCUCUCGUCCUGGUUCUCUCCGUCCUAGGACAUGCAUUGGGAAAUAUCAACGAGGGUUUACUCAACUCUGCAGAUGGGGAGGUAGCUAUGAAGAACCUGGAGGCUGCCCAGGUUAAAAUGGAGGAGAAAUUAAACUCUAUGUCAAGCUUUAUUGACCAGGAACUCGAGAAAUCUAAAGAUAGUCCGAUUGCUAGCCAAUACUCCAGGAAGAAGAGAGCAACAGGUGAAAACCCGCUGCUUGCAAUUAAUGAGGGAACCAUCAAGGAGAUAAUCAACUCUAUGCAGAACCUUAACACAGCAUUUGACGAACUUCAGAAAGCUUAUGAAACAUUUAAGAAUGAGCGUGAUGUAAAUGGCGGUGGUGAUUCAACAGGACCAGAUUCAGAAGGUGGAGAAAAAAGUGCAGAUUCUAAUAGAAGUAUUAUUGAUCCACCAGAAUUUGUUGAAGCAGGUGGGGAUGAAGAAGGUGCUGGUGGUGAUGCAGGGUCUGGUGGCGAUGGUGCAGGAGCUGGUGGCGAUGGUGCAGGAGCUGGUGGCGAUGAUGCAGGAGCUGGUGGUGAUGGUGCAGGAGCUGGUGGUGGCGAGGCAGAAGCUGGUGGUGAUGAUGCAGGAGCAGGUGGUGAUGCAGGAGCUGGUGGUGAUGCAGGAGCUGGUGGUGAUGAUGCAGAAGCUGGUGGUGAUAAUGCAGGAGCUGGUGUUGAUGCAGAAGCUGGUAGUGAUAAUGCAGGAGCUGGUGGUGAAGCAGAAGCUGGUGGUGAUGAAGCGGGAGCUGGUAGUGAUGAUGCAGGAGCUGAAGGUGCUGAUGCUGGUGCUGGUGGUGAUGCUGGCGCAGAUGGUGAAGGAGGUGAUGGUGCGGGAGAUGGUGGUGCUGAUGGAGAAGGAGAUGUAGAGGCGAAUAGUGAUGGCGAGGCUGGAAAAGGUGGGAAGGGAAAGGGAAAGGGAAAGGGAAAAGGAAAGGGAUCUGACUACUCUGGUGAUGCAGAAGAACCUAAAGGGAAGAAAGGAAGAAAGGGUAAAAAAGGAGGAAAGAAAGGAGGAGGAAAGAAGAAUAAGACGUAAACUAACUAAUUACAUUGCUUGAACUUCGAGAAUGGGAAUAACUCACAGUUUAAAAAAGAUUUUUGUACUUUUUAUAUAAACAUGAUUAAAAUAUGAUUUAUACUUAA